AUGGGUAAAGAAGGACUUCAAGUUAUCCAUGCUGGAUAUUGCAAGACUGGAACGAAAAGUGUCAAUGCCAUGCUAACGCAACUUGGCUACAAAGUCUGCGACGCGCCCGAGGCCAUCUACCGCCACUGGGAGGACUGGGAGAGAAUCGCCAACGGCGAGAAACCAAAUGAAGUUCUGCAAAAACUUUUCGGCGCUGGAAAUCCUGACGAGUACACCGCCUGCGUCGAUCUACCACACUUUGCGUUUUGGGAAAUUCUUCUCAAACAAUUUCCCGAUGCCAAAGUAAUUCUCGCCAUCCGAGACGAAGACAAAUGGGCCAAUUCAGUCGUCAAGCAUUUGGCGGUCGAGCGAGAGCAAUUCAAAGAAAUGGGCUGGUGGCGACUUCAUUCUGGAAUUUACAAAUGGGUCUUCAAUCACUCUUCUCGAGCUGUCGGUCUUUACAUGGACUGGAUCCGACCGCUUUCUAUCGGCGCUGAAUCGAGAAACUUCUACGGCGAAAAUAUGGACCUUUAUCGCCUCAAAUACAGACAACACAACCAGUACGUUAUGAACAACUGCCCGAAAGACAAGCUCUUGAUCUGGCGAAUCGAAGACGGAUGGGAGCCAAUUUGCAAGUUCCUCGGAAAACCGGUUCCCGACGGACCCCUUCCUCAUUGCAACAGACUCGGUGGUGUCAUUAAAGAUCUCGAAAACUCUGUCGACUACCAGGCAAUGGUCCGUAAGCAAACAAUCUCAAUAGUCCUUCGUUUGGCCAUCAUCGCCGCGACCGGCUAUGGCUGGUUCAAGGGACUCGUCCAGCCCCACUUGCAAGUUGAAGAAUCGAUGCCCUUCAACUGGAAAAUGCUCGCUGCUGGAGUUGCCUUCUUGUUUACAAUGCGACACCUUUAG